CUGUCCAAGUGUCAGUCACAAACACAAAGAGUCGUGACAAACAUCAAAAACAAACUAAUUUAGUUUGUGCGGCACAUUGAGUGUGCUGCUUUUUGUGUGAUUUUUCAUCUUAUUUGUAAUUAUUUCAAUAAUUCCGUCCAGUAUUUGGUGUUAAAAUCACAUAGUUUAGUAUUUAUUGCAAAGAGACAGUCGAAAAUUACUCGUUGUUCGCGUUGUAAUGAGACCAUUGAGGCGCAAACGAUCAAAACAGAAUGUGUCUGAUUCGUCGUCAUCGUCGUCGCCAAGUGGAUCUCAGUCGUUGGAUUUAAAUAAUGGGCCAAUACCGCCGAAGAGUCCACGAUUGGACGAAAUAGCACCACCGCCAGCGGUGAGCAAUACGCAUUUUUUGGACAUUAAUGACGAUUGCAUCGAUUCCAUUUGCAAUUUAUUGCCUCUGGACGAUUUGUGUUCGAUGGGCCGGACAUGUAAACGUCUUCAUUGUAUCGCUGGCGACUACUUCCAAAGGUAUUAUCCAAACAAUCACGUGCGCAUCCAGUCAUUUCGUCGACGGUCCGUGUUUUACAUGUAUCCUGACGAAAAAUAUGUCGAAGAUCUCAAGCCAUUCAUUCGAAAUGUUAGCAUACAUGAGUACAAAGGCAGCGCUUGUGUCAAAUACUUGAAAGAGAAUUUCAGUGUGAAUUUACGGGAAAUUGCAUUGCAUGGCAUUCAUUGCGAAUUGAAUGCAGCGCAUGGCGCACAAAUUAAGGAUCAACUUGAACGAUUGGAAAGUAUCAAAUUUGUUAACUGCUCCGUUGGCGAUAUCUAUGACUGUUUUUUGAAGCACUGCCAGAAAUUAAAGCAUCUCGGAAUUGAUGAGCCGAUUCAAUUUAACGGUCGCGUAAAUUGGGCACAACAACAUUUCCCAACACUUGAGAGCAUCGCUUACUAUGAUGAAGCCAAUACGAAUCGCGCCGAUUUUGCCGGAUUUUUGCGACGCAAUCCACAAAUUAAGCAAAUCGCUUGCAAGGGAACGAACAUCCAAGGAAUCGUCUUUCAACGCGCUAAAAAUUUAGACUUUUUGAUACUCUGCUACAAUUCCGAUAAGGAUUUUAAUCGUAUUUUCAAACUUUUGAAGGUUUACAGCGAAAACAGUGAAACCAGACACAUCAAAUUGGAAUUUAAGAAGCGGCUCGAAUUGGACCAUUUCCACAAGAUUGCUUCCAUUCAGCGCGUAGAUGCGUAUCGAGGUUACUUGGUUGAAAAUUUACAAUUCCCCGAAAUCGUCGCGUCGAUGAAGCAAUUGAGUGUGGUUCAGCUGCGGUCGUUCGGUAAUGUUUCACAAGUCUACGUUAAGCGAUUGGCCAGUAGUCUAUCGAAUUUGGAAGAGCUUCAUUUCACUGCCCAGGAUAUGGCACUGUCAUUCAAAAAUCUCAUCAUCCCAUUCUGUCAAAAUCCAAAACUCAAGAAAAUAGUCAUCUUCUCCAAACAAAUCAUUUAUCGAUGCACCAAAAGCGAUGUGGCCGACAUCAACAAAGUGCGUGAACCACUUGAUACCGAAUCCAAAUUAACGAUUUACAUGGAAAAAGAAGUAAUUGUCAGCAUGAAUUUUAAAAUUCCCGAUAAAUGCAAAGUCACACUCAAACCAUUGUCCGAACUCAAACGUGAAGUUCACUUAUUUGAUUUGUAGAUUCAUUGAUUCUUCUUUGGUUCAAUGACCUUUACUGAAUUCAAGACAUAUACGGAAUAAUUUGUUCAUCCAAAGACUGCAACAUUCUAGUAACGAUUUAAUAGGCGAUUUUUUUUUUUUCAAUUUUUGUAUCGAUUUUUAGUUCAGAAUUUUCACAAUAUUUUUUCAUGUCUUUUUUUCUACUUUUUUCGAUCGUUCACAAGUGUACACUCACCAUGAACGUUCACCCAAUUUAUUCUUUGCAAUUAUUCAUAUUUUGUACCAUGCAUUAUUUUAAGAAAUUUUUAGAGCUGCCCAUUUUCAAGAAAAUUUAAGUAAAACACUGCCAAUUUUUGAGUUUUGAGCUGCCCAUUUGGGAUUUAAAACUGCCCAAAUGGGCAAGUGCUGCCCAUCAAAAUAAUGUAUGUUUUGUACGAUUCUCAAUUAAUCAAAUUUCUAUUCCGGGCUGGACUACUUCAAUUCAAGAAAAGUGCUCAAAGUUAGGGUUUAAUCAUAAAAAAACAUACAUCACAUUGCAAAUUAUGAAUGAACAAAAUUCAUAAACAAAAUUGUAUUCAUUCACUUAAACCUUAUUUUCAAUGAUAUAAAUGAAAAAUUGCUUUAUAUCAAAACAAAAUUAGUCAAUUUUGAUUUUAUUUUUCGAAAAACUCUUUGAUAAAAACGUUUUUAUCAAAGCCUGAACAUUUAGACUAUUUGGCAUUUGAACCAAAAAACACUGCGCAUAUAAUUUAUUCAGACUAUAUGAAAAUGAUAUUGUAAAAACUGAGAAACGGUUUGAUGAAAAUACAAAAAUGUGCGAUUUUCAUAUUUAAUCGUUUGAAACAUUCAAUGGUAUUCAUAUUAAGAAUUAAAGUAAAUUAUUAUAUCCGUUUGCCUGCACAUUUAUUCGCUGUAUGCAUCCAUUCGAAGUAGGCUGUUCAUUUUCAAUGCAAAUUUUGCAUGUAAACAUUCAUAUGAACUGGAGCCUGAAUUUCCAAAUUAAUUAUUCACUCUGACGACAUUAUUUUCUGUAAUUCUUACAAUGGCUUAAAAUAUUCCCUUCAUUAUUAUGCUGAUACAUACAAUCAUUUCUGGACUUUAGCCCCAGUUUUUGUAAUCACAUUUAUAUCAGUCACUCCACAUGCUCGUCGUUUUGUCCAAUCUGAGAGUACUAAGUUUCCGUGAGUGAUACGCAAGAUGGCAGCACAUUAAAUGGCGUUUUUAUGCACAAAGUAGAUACUUGAGUGUAAAUUAUGUUAGUGGCGUAUCAAAAUGAAGGUUUAAAAACAAAUACAUUGUCAAUAUAGAGCGUGUGGUGUGACUGAUUAAUAUUCGGUUCCCUUUUUUGACAACAGCUAUAUUAAUCACAUUUCUAAUUUUAAUUGUAAGUUUCAGAAUAUGAUAUAUUUAUUCGCACAAAUAUAGAUAAAGUAAGAAAAAAGAACUCACAAAUUGCGAAAAAUAAAUAUGACUGAUUGAAUUGAAAUAAAGUAUAAUUUUCCAUACAUUUUACUACAAA